GUAAAGUUGUUUCAAACAGUGACUGGUUGUGUGUCCAGAUGAUGAAGAGUAAAGCAGAUGAGGAAGACUACUGGAACAGCUCCAAGUUUAAAGCGUUCACCUUUGACGACGAAGACGACGAGUUCAGCAGGUUAAAAGAGUCGAAGCAGGCAGUGAACAGCAUCCGCCGCCUGGUGGAGGAAGAUGAUGACGAAGAUGAUGUGGAGAAGGUCAGCUGGAGUGGAGAGCCUGUCGGGAGUAUCUCCUGGUCGGUCAGAGAGACGGCGGCGUCCAAUCAGAGGACAGACCGAGAGCCCACCUUCCCCAAAAUCAACACGGACACACCGACCCUCAGCAAGAGUAACUCUGGGUACUCCCUGAGCUCUCUGUUCAAAGGAAAAACUAAAGGAGGAAACUUUCAGUCCUUCAAUGACUCUCUCAGUGACUUGUCUGUCAGGCUCUACGCUCCCGAACUCCGAAAACCAAAAUCUGAAUACAAGGAUUAUGUCAGUGAUUGGUCGCCGGAGGAGACGAUUCAGAGAAUGCAGCAGGGAAAGGCUUUCUCUCUGGAGAAGUUUCGGUCUCUUCAGGACAAACUUCUGCUGCUUGACUUCGCUGUCAGCGCUCACGAUGGAAAUGUCAUCACUGCUGUUCUGAUUUAUUUAAAGAGGACCCUGGGUAAAGAGGUCUUGUUUCGGGAGCUGGAGUCCAGGCAGACGGCUCUGAGACACUUGAUCCAGUAUCUGACGGAGACCAGAGACCAGAGGCUGCUGCUGGAGCUGCUCAGAGCUCUGGGCCGGAUGGAGGAUGUGGCACUGUUGCAGUACAAAGAACACCUGAGCAUCACUGAUGAAAACAAGAGGCGGGACUUCCUGAAGAGCUGCCUCAGUCUUCCAUUUUCUCCAGAAGAUUCAGCUCAUGUUCAGGAUCACUUCACUCUGCUGGAGAGACAGAUCAUCAUUGAGGCAACCGACCGGCAGGCCGAGCGCGGAGGUAAGGUGGAAAUCUUCCAGAAGUUUCCCAGAAGAGCUUCAAUCCUCAACAUGCCCCUGGUGACGACUCUGUACUACUGCUGCUUCUACCACUACACUGAGCCUGAGGGAACCUACAGCAGUUCGUUGAACAUCCGUCAGACCUUCAAGAUCUCGGAGAAGCAGUACUUUGUUACGGCGCUGGCUGCGCGGGCGAAGCUGAAGGCGUGGUCAGACGUGGACGCUCUGUUCACCAGUAGGAACUGGCUCGGCUUCACCAGGAAGAAAUCUCCGCUCAGCUUCCAGCGAGUCGUAGACAUCCUGCAGAAAAACUCCGCCCCAACACAGGUCCUGCAGGACUACGUGGCGCUGGUUGAUGAUGCAGAGUUGAGGAUCAGUUUGGCUCAGAAACAUAAAUGUCACGACAUCGUCAUCAACACGUACCGGGACCUGAAGGACCGGCAGCUGUUGCUAGGAUACCGGGGGAAGGUGGAAAGAGGAUCAGCAGAGGAGAGGAAGAUUGAUGAGCUGCUCAACAACCCGCAAAUCCGGUGGAAGAACUGAUUUCAGUCGAAGACUUUUACUUUGAAAAGAGACAAUAGGAACAUCCUGUCAGCUGAUGUCUGCUUCAGUCUCAUUGGUUGCCCCAUGGGUGGCUUUUUAUUGCUGAGUCAUCGCUGAGUCAUUCAACAUUCCUCAACUUGUUUUUUAUAAAAAUCUGUAAAAAGAAUAAAAUAUUAUUAAACAUUCAA